GCCAUACAGAAGCAGCAACAGAGGGCUGCAAAAGCAGCAGCAAAAGCGCCACUGAGUCAGCCCAACACUGUCCAGCUCAUGCCAGAUGGAACUACUAGGAGGCCACGGAUUGAGGCAUCACAGCAGCCCACACAAGGAUGUGGAGGAUCGCAAAAUGUAAGCCAAGUGACUCAAGAGCACGAGUGAAGAUUAGAUGAAGUUUAGGUCCAAAUGAUAAUUACCAUUUUGAAGCCUCCAAUUGGCUAGUAAUGUAGACGUUGAAUGUUGC